UUGCACUCUUUGAUUUUCUGGUUCUAACUUCUUAGCUUAAUUUUCAAUUAUCUGGGUUUUCAUUUAGCAUCAAAUUCUGCAUCAUUGGACUCUUUCUUGAAUUUUUAUAUUGUAUACCUGCCCAAUAUUACAGGUUGCUCUGCUUCUAUUGAUUAAUUGUGGGUUUGGGGAUUAUAAGAUUUUAAAGUUUUGGGUUUCUCUUUUUGUAUGAAGUUCUGCACAAUCUUAACUCUUGGGUGCCAAAGAGUGAUAAUUUAUUCUUAACAGUUCGCUUCUUUGGAUAUUGGUGAUUUGGUGAAGUUCCCUGAGCUAUACUCUGUCUCUUUCUCUGUUGAGUGGUUUGCAUUACUUACUAUUGGAAUUGAAAAGUUCUGACUUUUCCAGUUUGUUUUUCAGAAAGAUUGUGCUGAAAUGUUGGGUUACUGAAUCUGUUACCAGACAUUUUACAUCUUUUCCUCAUUUUCCGCGCAACUAAGAUGUUUAAAAGGAUAUUAUGGAGGGCCAAUGUGCAAUCAAGAAAGAUGUCACUGAAUUAAUCGGAAAUACCCCAAUGGUAUACCUGAACAAUGUCGUGGAAGGUUGUGUAGCUCGAAUUGCUGCCAAGCUCGAGAUGAUGGAACCCUGCUGUAGUGUGAAAGACAGGAUUGCAUAUAGUAUGAUCAAGGACGCAGAGGAUAAAGGUCUAAUAACUCCGGGGAAGACUGUUCUCAUUGAGCCCACAAGUGGAAACACUGGCAUUGGAUUGGCAUUCAUCGCAGCAAGCAAGGGUUACAAGUUGAAGUUAGUCAUGCCAUCUGUAAUGAGUCUUGAAAAAAGAAUUGUGCUCUUAGCUUUUGGAGCUGAGGUUUACCUCACAGAUUGGGCCAAAGGCUUUAAGGGAAGUCUUGAUAAGGUUGAGGAGUUGCUACGUGACACACCUAAUAGUCAUACGCUUCAGCAAUUUGAAAACCCUGCCAAUCCAAAGAUUCAUUAUGAAACCACCGGCCCGGAGAUAUGGAGAGACUCGGCAGGGAAAGUUGAUAUCUUGGUUUCGGGGAUAGGAACUGGUGGUACAGUAACUGGUGUAGGGAAGUUUCUUAAAGAGAAAAAUCCAGAGAUCAAGGUUUACGGUGUAGAACCAAUUGAGAGUGCAGUCUUGAAUGGUGGUCCACCUGGGAAGCAUCUGAUCCAAGGACUUGGUGCUGGCAUCAUACCUCAAGUGCUCGAUGUUAACCUGCCGGAUAAAGUUAUUACAGUAUCCAGUGAGGAAUCUAUCGACACUGCUAGGCUGCUUGCCCUAAAAGAAGGUCUUUUGGUGGGGAUCUCAUCUGGUGCUGCAGCAGCAGUAGCAAUAAAGUUGGCAAAGAAGCAGGAAAAUGCUGGAAAACUAAUAGUUGUCGUGUUCCCCAGUUUCGGAGAGCGGUAUCUGUCUUCUCCACUUUUUGAUACCAUUAGGCAUGAGGCAGAAAAAAUGACUUUUUGACGGUAGUGUUGCCAAUGUAAUAAACUGCUUUGUGCUUUUGGGUCCUUGGUCAUUGAAAUAAUACACAUAGACUAGUUCUUGUUUGUAUGACAUCAUGACCCCAGACCCUUUUAAUGGUUAUUACCACUUACAGAUCCUUGUUAUCCUCAAUGGAUUAAGGGCUAUCUCUGUCUGUUUAUCUUGAACACACUUCUAUUCAAAGUUUCAAACCAUCAAUAAUACAUGUUAAUUAAGAAUAUUCUGUAUUAAAUGUUGUGAUUUGCUGUAUCUAGUUUGUAGGGUUCUGCUUGAAGUCCAAGAACUAGUUUGUAUAUAACUCUAUUACAUCAAUGAAAG